AGGCGCAGAGAGAGCAGGGACUCUCGCAGUGCUCGCUGUUAACGCACAUCAUGUCCGAUAGGAAGCGGAAGGCCUCCAGCUCGGAGGAGCCAGUGUGCGUGCUGUGUGGCCGGGCAGGUGGUGACCCGGACAUCUUUGGGCGCACUAUUGGCGACGGUUCCGUUUGUACCCAUGAGUUCUGCUUGACUUUUGCCCAUAUCGCUUUGGAAGAAAGACCCCCAGGAGAGGAAUCUGUGGCCUUUGACCAUGCUGUCCUCACACACAGAGUCAAGCAGGCAAACCAGAAGCAAUGCUGUGUUUGCGGCGAGAGGGGGGCUGCCAUCACAUGCGCAGAGAGCGGCUGUGAACGCAGCUUCCAUCUGCCCUGCGCUGCGGAUGGCGAGUGCAUCACCCAGUACUUCGGAGAGCACAGGUCCUUCUGCUGGGAGCACCGCCCUCGACAGGCAGCAGUGGCAGCUCCAGCAGAAGACACCUCCUGCGUCAUCUGCCAGGAGACCGUGGGGGACUGCCCGUCCUACCACACCCUGGUGUGCCCAGCGUGCACACACACCUGGUUCCACCGGGCCUGCAUCCAGCAACAUGCCUUGAAUGCUGGCACGGUGUGCUUCCGCUGCCCCGCUUGCAGAGACAGUACCGUCUUCUGCACGGAAAUGUCCACCAUGGGGAUCCAAAUCCCAGCCAGGUUGGUGUCCUUCUGCCAAACCGUCCAGAUGAGAAGGCGCGAGCGCUGGGCCUGCCUGCCCACGGACUGUUGCAGCAGGCCUGGCACUCGGCUGUCUCAUCAGCACGUGCCUCAGCUUCAUGGAGAAGCUAAAAAUGGGGGUGGGGUGGAUGAGAUGGGAUAACCUGUGAUCUGAUGCUGGGGACACUGGGGGCUCAUCACUUCCCCUCCCUUCUCUUGUAGAAGACCGCUAUGGGAAGACAAUCGCAUGUACACAUCACUGCUGGAGAGGCACAGGCGCUGCGACGCCAGGAAGUGCCUUUACCCCCGAGGCAGACGGCAGGCAGAU